AUGAACGACACUUACCUUUCCUAUCUUGGCAAUGCUUCUCCGAGAAGUCAUCCAUAUGCCCCAUCUCUUUCCUCUUCCGCCUCCUCCUCUACUUCUUCGGUCUUCUCGGAGGCUGCAUCUCAGACUUCCAACUCUACAUCGCUCUCUGCUUCCAGCUGGGGACCAGAUGAAUGGAACUCUGGCUCUCGAGCACUCCUAUCGGGAUCCGUGGCUUCACUAGCGCCAAUAAGCAGAGUCAGCACCUUUCCUCAAUACCAGGCGCCAUGCCGAGACACUGCUCCCGAACGGGUCCUCCCACCUCUACGGACGGAGGUACCAAUAUCUGUGGAACAGCGACAACAUCCUCGCCGAUCGUCGUCAACUGUUGGCCGUCAGCCUCCCCCGCUGGUACGCCAAAGCGAUCGCAAGGUCAACUUUGUCGACUGUCUUGUCGAUUCCGCUACUCAGAUGGUUGAGACGAUAUGGCCCACAUCUGUGCCCGCCAGCCGGUGUGAGUCAUCAUCCGGUCGUGGUGUUCUUCCCCUCCGCACCUUCAUCCAAGAGACUUUGCGCCGAUCUCGGACGAGCUACUCAACGCUUCAGGUUGCGUUGUACUACCUCAUACUCAUCAAGGCACAUGUGCCUAAGCAUGACUUCACCAUGGAACAACCGGAGGAUGUUGCGUCCGUUCGAGCCCUUCAGUGUGGUCGCCGCAUGUUCUUGGCUGCUCUCAUCCUUGCGUCCAAGUACUUGCAGGAUCGCAACUAUUCUGCUCGUGCGUGGAGCAAGAUCUCUGGUCUGAAGGUGUGCGAGAUCAACACCAACGAGAUGGCCUUCCUCGCGGCCGUGAACUGGAAACUCCACAUCAUCGAUCCCGUUUGGGAGAAGUGGCAGGAGAUAGUCCUACGUCAUACUCCGUCGAACCCACCCCCUUCCCCUGGUGGCUGCUUGCCCAACACGUGGAAACACGUCAUCCCGUGCUUGACUCCUCAGUUGGACAUCGUUGACAUCACCCCCAAGACUCAUAUUCCUCCUGUGCGGCCCACGAUGCAAUCGUACGCCACCCAGCAUCCUAUCCGAUCUCCCAUGUCGGAGGGAUCUGCAUCACAAGAGAGCACGCCUACUCCAUCCCACUACAGGGUCCCGCGGUUCCUCGAACCGAAGCCUGACCUUCUGCCUCCUACUCCCUGUCUUCCACGCUUGGGUCCUCUGCCUACGCCUACUCUGACGCCUCAGUCAACUGUCUCAAACACUCCUGCUGCGAGUGCUAUGACAUUUGGUGUGCGGCGUCCGUCCAUGUGCUCCGCAAUGGCGCAGGCGCAAAGCUCGUCUUUGGCGCGCAGCUGCAUGGACCAGUACAACCCAAGCAUCAGGACUGGAUUGGAAGCCUACCACUUCCCCAGCCGACGUCCGUCUCUCGCACCUUCGACUACAUCAUCCGCUUCAUCUCCCGAGUCUAUGAUCACAGACAACUCUCGCUCUUCGCGUGCGUCUUCGAUUUCGUCCGUCUCAUCUGCUGGCUGGGCGCCGAAUCAGGCUAAAUUGGCCCGAUUGGCGACGUGCCGCAGCGCGAGGCUUCCGUAUCCUGUGCUAUCGAAGUGCAAGGAGCAGUACGAAUAUGCUCCUAGUGAGCCGAUGUCCUCGCCAGAUCUCGAGAGCUUUCACAUUGAUGAUGCAGAUGUCACACCAGUCAAGGUCGACAGUCCCGCCGAGAUCUCCAUGCCUGCCGCCAAGGCGAACAGGAAGCGUGGUCGAUCAUCUGCGGACCUGCAAAACAACGUUCGUCAUUUGCUUCAGAGUUCCCGCUCUACUUCUUUCAUUCAUGGUUCGACGACUGUAUUGCCCGACCGCUCGGUUGUUCAGUCUUUCGUCUCGUCACCUGCCUCUGGCGCCGAGCUGAAAGGGCUGCAGUCCCCCAAGCUUACCGUGCCAGAACGUCGGAUGCCGUACCAGAAAGAGUUCGGGAAGAAGCGAACAUGCUGUGGAACAGAAGCCGCCCAGGGUUUUCAGCGUCAAGGUCCUGGAAUGUGGGAAGGCGUGCUAUAG